AUGCAUGUAUCCGUAUCGAAUACUCGAUGUUCUGGAUCAUCAACAACGUUGACGCCAAUGGGCAUGUUAAAUAAAUCUCUCACACAAUGGUUUGAUUUCACUUCAAGCACCAACUACACACGAAGUCUGCUGUUUCCCAUCGAUUUUGAUACAAUGGUACUUUCAGACAAUCAAACGGUGACAACCACAGACACGCACGGUGUCAUCACACUUCCAGGCGAUCUACAUUGGUAUCCAUUCUAUCCUGGCCAAUGUCCUCCGCCAUACUAUGUCAUUCUCCAAGGUGUAUGUGCGCCAUUGAUUAUUAUUAUAUCGACUGUUUUGAAUUCGCUGAUUGCUGUUGUUUUAUUACAAAAACAUCUUCGUUCACCAACAAAUAUUCUUCUUCUCGCGAUUGCACUUUACGAUACAUUGACAGGACUUUUUCCGUUUCCAGCUUAUAUCUUCGUUUUCACAUUUCGACAAUGUAAUGAUUAUAUCCCAUUCAAUUACGGAUGGUUUCAUCGAAUAAAUCACGAUGUGCUUCCAUUCAUUUUUCAUACGUGCUCGAUUUGGGUGACAGUUGUAUUAGCCAUUCAACGAUAUAUCUAUGUAUGUCAUUCAGAGAAGGCCAAACAAUGGUGUACGGUACCUAUGGCGCUAAAAGCAAUUGCAUGUGUCAAUAUUUUAGCAUUAAUUGUAGCAAUUCCGAUGUUUAUUGAGGGCACAUUUCAUGCUGUGCCAGUUCGUUCAUUGUUAGAUCCGAAGAAAGUUUUCAAUGCGUGCAGUGUGCGCGACUAUUCCGAAGAUGAACGAUAUCGAACAUUAUUUUCUAUCUACUCACUUAUUCGUGCAUUAUUAAUCAACGUUGGUCCUUGUACCAUCCUUGUUAUAUUCAAUGCUAUACUUGUCGAGCGUAUGAGAGAAGCAAAACAAAACCGAGAUAAGCUCAUCCGAAGACGUAGCUAUGAAUCACGAGCACAAGAACAAACCAAUGUUACAUUCAUGCUUAUCAUUGUCGUAACAUUGUUCUUGAUUGUGGAAAUUCCCAUGGCUAUCUAUAUUAUAGUUACAGCUAUUUUGAGAUUGUUUCAAUCAUCAUUUUUGCAAAACUUCCUUCAAUUUGCUGUACAACUGCUGAAUUUUGCUGUUCUACUUUCAUACCCCAUAAACUUCUUUAUCUAUUGUCGCAUGUCACGUGCAUUUCGUGAUGCUUUUACUCGAUUACUCUGUGCAUCAUUAUUCAAUAGUCGACAGGAACGUUUACAAUCAAUUGCAGCACCCUUACUUGGCAAAAAAUGCGUUGUAGUUACCAACAACAUCGAAUUCAAAAUGGCCAACGCCGAAACUACAAUCCAUGCAUCCUCUGUGAUAAUAAAAUCUGCAAGCAAUGACAUACCGAUGACAACACUAACACCUCAAAAUAAUCAUGAUUUGAAGACAAACACCACGGGUUCUGGAGAAAAAGCACGUGUGUCGUUCAGUGAUGAAGUUAACCAAUUGCCUGACAUGGAACUAUCUGAUAUUUAA